GUUGCAGUUCGCAUUCGCACGUGGUCACGACCGUCACGACGGUCACGACGUUAUGUUGUGUAAUAAAAAAAUGGUGGACGUUCAGUGAAUAUCGAGAAAGUGCGGUGUAGAUUUUAUUAAAUAAUUUUAACGCUUCUGGUACGCAAUAAAAAAUAAUAGUAAGAUGAAGCAUGCGGUAGGAUUAGCAAUGAAAAUAACGGCAUUCACAAGUGUUGGCCUCGGUGGGUGGUAUGCUGGUAAAAAGUAUGAACGUUCCCAACAUUCGAAGAUCGGAGAAAGCAUAGAGGAGUGUUUAGCACCUAACCUAAGUUUUCCGAGAUUGCCUGCUCUGCCAAUAUUUGGCACAGUUUCGGCUGCUUCACCAAUAGUCCCUGCUGAUAACCCGGUGGACAUGGGCUCCAAAUUGUCGACAACAACGUCUCGAGUGUCGGAGAUCAUGCGAUUUGGAUUUCCUGGUUUCGAUAAUAUAAAAUCAUUCGACGACUAUGUUCUGUCUUACGACAGACGGAACAGAGUGGCACAUUGGGUUUUCGAACAUCUUACUAAAGAAAGACUACAGUAUCAAGAAAACGUCGAUAGAUCAAACUGUGAAUUCAAACCUGAUGAAAGUAUACAUCCCUUCUUUCGAUCUGAUAAUUCUGACUACAAAGGGAGUGGAUACGAUCGUGGUCAUCUGGCUGCUGCAGGCAAUCACAAGUUGUCCCAGAAGCAUAUUGAACAAACUUUUUUCCUGUCCAAUAUGGCACCUCAGGUCGGAGUCGGUUUCAACCGUCAUUCAUGGAACAGAUUGGAAAACUAUGUCAGAAAAUUGACAAAGGUUUAUAGGAACGUCUAUGUUUGCACAGGCCCGCUUUAUUUACCAAAGAAAGAAUCCAAUGGUAAAAAAUAUGUGACCUAUGAAGUUAUUGGAGCAAAUCACGUGGCUGUACCCACUCACUUCUACAAAGUGGUGGUUGGUGAGACUGAGGACUCAAAAUUAGAAAUGGAGGCCUUUGUUAUGCCAAAUAAGAAAAUCGAUGACGAUACCCCACUCACCAGUUUUCAGGUACCACCAGAAAGUAUUGAGCGUGCUGCAGGACUGUUGUUUUUUGACAAAAUAUCUCGUGAAAAACUGUCGAAAAUAAACGGCAAAAAACUCGGAUGGUAAACGAUGUGUGGGGUGACUUUUAGAAACAAUUUUAAAACUUUUAGAUACAAUGAGUAUCCUUGAUACGGAAAUAAAAUUUUAAAAGAUUCAUAAUAAUAUAUUAAUUUCACGUAA